UUCAGUUUUCAGUCGGCUACAGACGCCCGCAGGGAGGGCACGCGCGGGCACAAUCGAUCGAUUUAAAUCAACAGAAUCGAAUGAAUCGAACACCGAUUUAACCUAAUACCUCACAUAAAACUCCAAUUCUAUUGUUCCAUAUUUGAAUUUUGUGUUUCGUCUUAAUUUUGCAAGUUUGGUGUGUGUAUUCCUUUUUUAAAAUGAAAGUAGGUUGUGCGAGUGCAGAAAAGAGGGAAAUCGGGACAAAACAAGGAUAUUAAUAAAAAGUCUGUUUGCUGAGUGGCAGACUUGCGAUGCCAUUGGUCCAAUCGUUGUGACGUCAAACGUCGGCAGCGACCUCUGUGUGCCUGGAAGAAGUUGCUAUGAGCGGUAAGCUCACCUGUGACAGUGUCUAAGAAAGUGACAAAGAAAGUGACGAUGGCGGACGCGGAUGCCUUCGAUGAUGAGAAGUUGGUGGUCGGCACCGCUCAGCAGCGCAACUGGCGCGGCAUCCUCAUAGCACUGCUGGUCAUCGUGGCAGUGCUGGCACUCAUCGUGACCUCAGUGGUGCUGCUGACGCCACCGGACGAAGGGCCCAGGGUCAAGGGCAGGAGGCUGAGGAUCCAGGACAUCCUGGAUGAUGACCUGAAGCCGGUGCGAUGGAAUGGCACGUGGAUUUCUGGCGACGCGUUCGUGUACCGCGACGGCUGGGGCGGCAUCAGCCUCAUGUUCGCCUCCAACCAGACCACCAGGACGCUCAUGGCCAACACCACCUUCAGGGUCCUGGAGCCAGCCUCAUUCUGGCUGUCAGCCGACCGGCGCUUUCUGCUGCUGGCGCAGGGGGUCCAGAGGCUGCACCGCUACUCCUACCUGGCGCGGUACACCGUCUACGAUAUACUCACCACUGAAUCCUACCCCCUAACCCCGCUGCCCGACGAGGUCGGCGGCGGCGUGGCCACCGAAGGCCCUCUCCUCCAAUACGCCGCCUGGACUCCUAAAGGCCACGGGCUGGUGACAGUGCAGCACAACGACAUCUACUACCGGCCCGCGCCGCGCUCCUCCACCGGCUACCGCGUCACCGACACCGGCGCGCCCGCCCGCGUCUACAACGGCGUGCCCGACUGGCUCUAUGAAGAGGAGAUCUUCAAGUCGCGGACGGCGCUGUGGAUGUCUCCUGACGGGCACAUGGUUCUGUACGCGACGUUCAACGACACACUGGUGCACGAGCAGCGGCUGCCCUGGUACGGACCCGCGCUGCACUCCGACGACCCCGCGCAGUCGUACCCGGCAAUCAGGAGUAUAAGGUACCCGAAGCCAGGCACCAACAACCCGACCAUCGCGCUGACAGUCGCUGACAUCGCGGACCCGAAGCACAUCCGCACCCGCCACCUCACGCCGCCCAAGACCAUCGUCGAGGAAGGUGACUACUACGUGACGUCGGCGCAGUGGGUGUCGCUGACGGAGGUGUGCGCCGUGUGGCUCACUCGCACGCAGAACCUCUCCGUCGUGUCCGUCUGCAAGAGCCCCAUGUGGUACUGUCAGGAGGUAUACAGAAUAACCUCCGGCACGGACGGCUGGGUGGAGUCCGCCCCCUCACCGCUCUGGUCAGCCGGCGGCGGCGCGCUGGUCACCCUCGCUCCCGUACGUGACGGGCCCGCGGGGCUGUUCCGCCACGUCAUCAGAGCGGAGCACAACUCGCACGGGCCUCGCGCGCUGCCGCUCACGCAUGGCAGCUUCGAUGUGGUGCGGCUGCUGGCUUGGGACCAUGUUAACCAGCAUAUCUAUUACCUGGGCAUCCCGGAGGGCAAGCCGGGGCAGCGGCACCUGUACCGGGUGUCGUCGGAGGCGCCCCGCCCGGGAUCACCGCAGAAACUGCCCUACUGCGUCACUUGCAACUCACAGCCUUCUCCAUCAAUAAACCUGGAGUACUACGGCAACCUGGCCUCGUCCGGAGACAGCGCGUGGGACGGGGACUGGGAUGAGCUGCCCGCCACUACCAGCGCCACGCCCAGCAAGAAGAAGAAGAAGAAGCAGCCAGCAGAAAGCCCAACCCAGCCGCAGCCGUGCCUGUUCCACGACGCGCACUUCUCCCCAUCAUCAGCGUACUUCGUGCUGGAGUGCCUCGGGCCCGGCGUGCCCACGUCCAGCCUGCAUCGCACGGCACUGCCUGAACCAAGGAUCCUGAUGCAUUUAGAGAAUAAUACUGCGGUUAAGGACCGUCUCUCCGCGAUAGCCCUCCCCACCGUGCGCACGUUCUCCGUACAACUGUCCAGCGGUCACGCGGCACGCGUGAAGCUGCUGCUGCCGCCAGGGUUGAGGGAGGACGAGGUCACCAAGUACCCCAUGCUGCUGAAAGUGCACGGAGCACCAGGAACGCAGCUCGUCACAGAAGAGUGGUCGAUCUCGUGGGGCGCGGUGGCGGCGGGCGCGGGGGCUGUGCUGGCGGCGGUGGACGCGCGGGGCGCGGGGGGGCGCGGGCUCGGGGCUCAUCAUGCGCUGCACCGGCGGCUGGCUACACUGGAGCUGCAGGACCAGCUGGAGGUGGCUGAAUACCUGCGCGACUCGCUCCACUUCAUAGACUCGCGGCGCGUGGCGGUCUACGGGCGGGCCCACGGCGGCUUCCUCGCUGCGAUGUCGCUCGCGAACUCACUCGACGUGUUCCAUUGCGGGAUCGCCAUCACGCCCAUUGUGCGGUGGCGGUACUAUGCAUCAGCAUACGCGGAACGUUACAUGGGUUUCCCCAACGCCACCGACAACUACCGAGGCUACGCCGACGCUGACGUCACCAAGCAGGCCGCGUCUCUGCAGGACAAGAUGCUGCUCCUGAUACAUGGCACGGCGGACGACAACGUGCACAUACAGCAGACCAUGGCGCUGGCGAAGGCGCUCGCUGACCAGGGCAGCAUGUUUAGACAGCAGAUCUACCCAGACGAAGGGCACAGUCUAGAAGGCGUGAAGAAGCACUUCUACCGCACCAUGUCGUCGUUCCUGGACGAUUGCUUCCGCAAGCAGGUGCCUCCCGAGACCAAGGCCGGCCUGCGCAAUGGAGGGAACCUCGACUGAGACACGUGGAGGGACGAGGAGCUUAACUCUUGGUAAUCUGAAGGCUCAAAAUAUCCUGAACAAUAUUUAGUACAACGUUUCCAUAUCGAGAAGAAAACGCCUGCUGCCAUAAAAGUCGGCCAUUUUGGGUCGCUCAUUUAAAACUGAGUUUUAUAAAAUAGGGUUUCUCUCUAAAGUUGUCCUGAUGAACCCUGAAGUCAAAGUCUCGUCGUUUCUAUAAUUUUAAUCUUGUUAAAAAAAAAACCUUUUUGGUAAACCUUGGGUUAACUAACGUUUACGCCCGGUUUUGAGAUCAUCUCUAGGUUCUAUCUAUCACAUUAUAACACUAGGUCCCCCCUCUUAUUAUAAAAAAAAACUAUAAGUACUAACACAUAUGUAGGUAGUUCUGAUUUAGAACCUGCUCAAGAAUACUGAUGUAUGUAAUCUCUGGAAGAAAGCGGUUCUAAACUACAAUUAUGACAUUAUAAUUAUGUAUUUAAUUU